CUUUUGUGUCCUAUUGUAGUGAGGACACAGACGUUUCCAAGCUUUAGAACCAUAGUUUAGGACAGAAACAGCAUAGAGUGAAGCUUUAUAUUUGAUUUUCAGACAUCGCAAUGGGUGUAAACAAUGGAUUAACUUUGCAGGAAGGACCUACCACCAAAGCCUCGACAGAACAAUGUGACCACAAACCGUUGGCUCAUUACUUGUCCCUGCUCUGCUUCAUGCUCACCAUUGUGACUCUGCUUCAGACUCUCUGCUUGGUGCAGAUCACCUUCACAUCUCAGUCUCGCUCAAUUGCACAAGAAAACAAAUUGCAAGAUCUGACAAACAGACUGAAGAAGCUCAAUCAGUCCCAUCACCUCCUCUUUGCCCAGUAUCCUGCUCUGAAUCAAUACUGUCCCACAAUCAACUCUUCCACUGGUGAUAGAGAGUGCAGACCAUGUUUGGCUGAAUGGAAACUUAAUGGAGAUAAAUGUUUUUACUUCAGUGAGGACAGAGCUGACUGGAUCAGCAGUCAGUACCGCUGCAUGUCACUGGGAGGCGCUGUGGCUACCGUUAAAACAGAGGAGGAGCAGGAGUUUCUGUUUAAAACAGCCCAGAGCCUGAGUCAGGGAGACUCAUAUUGGCUUGGGCUGAGGGGAAGUGGUGUGGAAGGGACCUGGCAGUGGAGUGACGGAACCCCUUUGGAGAAUGGACCACAGUUUUGGUACCAUCAGCCAGAUAUCACAGGAGAGAGCAAUGAGCUCUGUGGACGGCUCACACCAGCAGACAACUACAGGAGGAGCUGGUUCAUUUCCAGGUGCUCUGGUCAGCUGAGGAGGAUCUGUGAGCGCAGACAAGCAUCUCUACAGUGACCCAGGAUAAACUUUCUGCUUCGGUAUCAGGCAGUAGCAAAUCCCUGCAAGAUUUAGAAGCGUGUAUUUGGAUCAUGUUUGCAGGACUAAAUGGAUCAAUAGUAUCCUAUGUUAAAUGGUUUUGUAAUGCAAUUAUUCUAAACUGUGAUUAAUCCCUU